AGCUGAAGGAGGCGUUCGGGGAGUUUGAUAAGGAUAAAGAUGGCUACAUCAGCUGUAAGGAACUGGGAGAGUGCAUGAGGACUAUGGGGUACAUGCCCACUGAGAUGGAGCUCAUCGAACUCAGCCAGAACAUCUGUGGAGGCAGAGUGGACUUUGAGGACUUUGUGGAGCUGAUGGGUCCCAAAAUGUUGGCAGAGACAGCAGACAUGAUUGGAGUGAAGGAGCAGGAUGCUUUCAAAGAAUUUGACUCGAACGGGGACGGUCAGAUAAGCCUGGCUGAACUGAAGGAGGCCAUGAAAAAGCUGGUGGGGGAGCAGCUCAACCAACCAGAGAUUGACGAGAUCCUCCGAGAUGUCGACCUCAACGGGGACGGCCUGCUCGACUUCGAGGAGUUUGUCAGGAUGAUGUCUCGCUGA